UCAUUCUUUUGUCUUUUCUUCCAUCCAUUUUGUUUUAAAUCCCAACUAACCCCAAAACCAAACUCUCUCUCUCUCUCCUUGGAGUGAGUGCCGGAAUCAAAGCUUCAGGUGAUCAGUGUUUCGCCGGAAUUAUACAAUUGCGGUGACAUCCGCCGUAUUCCCUGCUCGUGAAAUUUGAACACCGGUUCAGUUUUGUACAAGUGGAUAGAAAGAAACAAAAAGGAGAAUUUGCUUGCUCUCUCUCUCUCUCUCUCUCUCUCUGCUGUGCCUUUGUUUGGUUGCCUGGAGAAGAAGAAGAAGAAGGUUUAGAGAAGAAUCACAAUUGUGUCUUUUGGUUUUGGUGUCUCUCACCUCUUUUGUACAAUGCCCUCUGAUAUUUUUGAACCCAGAGCUGUACCCUCCUCACCUUCCCUGCUGUCUCAGAAACCAAGCUUGCCUGGGACGCUUCCCUCUGUUAUUCCCCCUAAUGGUACUCACUGGGAGAGCAGUCUUUUUUCCAGCUCUCUCUCCGACUUAUCUACUAGAAAACUACGACUACCAAGAAGAAGUGACAAUUUAGCUUCUUUCAUGUCUGUAAACCGCGAGGAAGAAGAACAACCUUUUGAGUCCUUAGAAGAGAUUGAGGCACGGACUAUUGGAAACCUUCUUCCAGACGAGGAUGAUUUUUUUGCAGGAGUCGUUGGUGAUGUUGGCCGUAACUCUCGUCUCAGCGAUAUAGACGACUUUGACUUAUUCAGCAGUGUUGGUGGCAUGGAACUAGAUGGCGAUGUUUUUUCCACCCUGAGUCAGAGAGACGGCAAGAGAAGCAGCAACGUUUCUGUUUCUGGCGAGUUUCCUGAAGGAGAAGUUUUAUUAUCCAGAACACUUUUUGUUAGGAAUAUGGAUAGCAUCAUUGAAGACUGCGACCUUAGGGUCCUUUUUGAGCAAUAUGGAGACGUCAGGGCUCUUCAGACAGCUGGCAAGACUCGUGGCUUUAUCAUGGUAUCAUACUAUGAUAUAAGGGCUGCUCAGAAUGCGAUGAGAGCACUCCAUGGUAGGCUCUUAAGGGGAAGGAAGCUUGAUAUUCAUUUUCCUAUCCCAAAGGAAAACACUAUAAAAGAGAACACCAGCGAAGGAGCUCUGUUGGUUAAUAAUCUUGAUUCUUCUGUAUCCAAUGAAGAUUUUCACAGAAUAGUCAAUUCAUACGGAGAAAUCAGAGAGGUUCGUUAUGAGAAGUCACAGAUAUACAUAGAGUUCUUUGAUGUUCGAGCCGCAGAUGCUGCUCUCCGAGGACUAAAUGGGCUUGAGAUUGCUGGGAGGCAGCUUCAACUUUCGCCAUCCUGUCCAGGGGGUACAAGUUUCACGCCACAGUUUGCUAUUGAUGAUGUUGAGCGGGGUCUAUCUAAAAUGGCUUUUACCAAUCUAUUACCAGCACAGAUAGGAAGUCAUUUCCCAGGAAUAUUAGCUUCGCCCUCCAUUAAUGGUGUGCAUAAUUCUGUUGGAUCACCUGUGAACUCCUUCACUGAACCGCACCAGAGUCCUAAUGGGUUGCCACCAUCGACAAGAAUCAUCUCAGCUAGCAGCAAGCCUGUUGAUCUUCAGGAGUCUGGAAACCCCUUUGACAGUUCAAAAACUGGGAUCCAAAGCAUGCCAAAUCUUCAUCCUCAUUCUUUUCAUGAGUACUUUGCAAGUGGUAGUCCAUACAAAUCCUCUACGACAUUCUCUGAAAUGGUCAGUGAUAGCCAAAAAGCAAGUGAAGGCUUUAUGAUGAGCGUAGAUGGGUUUAAUGUCAUAGGAUCUCCCAUGAAUCAAGGAUCCCUCCGUGCUAACCUCAACUUAAGGAGCAGCUCCAACACUCAGCAACAUAAUCCGUCAGGUGGCAUGAUGUGGCCUAACUCACCAUCUCGCGGCGACAGCAUUCCUCCUCAGCGCAUCCCACCUGCUACUACUGCAUUCUCUAGAGCAUCUCCUCUAAUGGUGAACAUGGCAUCAUCGCCUGUGCAUCACCACCACAUUGGAUCUGCUCCUGUAUUAGACUCUCCUUUUUGGGAUAGAAGACAGGCCUAUGUAGUAGCUGGCUCUUCUCCCUCGCAUCCAAUGGAAAUGAGUUCUCAUAAGGUGUUAUCUCAUGUUGGUGGUGCCAAUUCAAAAAAUGCUAUAUUGAGAUCAUCGCCACGGAUGUAUACUCACCUCCAUUCUGGAAGGGGCCCAAGGCUUUCAGUGCCAAGCUCAUUUGCCUUGCCUAAUGAACGGUACAGGAAUCUCUCUAACAGAAGAAGCGAUUCUAGCUCUAGUAAUGCUGAAAAGAAACUGUAUGAGCUUGAUGUUGAUCGUAUACUACGUGGGGAAAACAGCAGAACAACGUUGAUGAUUAAAAACAUUCCUAAUAAGUAUACUUCUAAGUUGCUUCUAGCUGCUAUUGAUGAGUACUGUAAAGGAACAUAUGAUUUCUUUUAUUUGCCAAUUGACUUCAAGAACAAAUGCAAUGUGGGAUAUGCUUUCAUCAACCUUACCAAACCGGAAAACAUUGUCCCGUUGUACAAGGCAUUCAACGGUAAGAAAUGGGAAAAAUUCAACAGCGAGAAGGUGGCAUCUCUUGCAUAUGGUCGGAUCCAGGGACAAUCAGCUCUUAUUGCUCAUUUCCAGAACUCAAGUUUGAUGAGCGAAGACAAACGUUGCCGGCCUAUUCUCUUCCACACCACUGGUCCAAAUGCUGGUGAGCAGGAACCAUUUCCAAUGGGUUCGAACAUCAGGUCAAGACCAGGCAAGCGUCGAACAAGUAGGAUCGACAACUACACCAACUUUAGCAGCAGCUUUGAAAACCGAGAAGAGACAGACUCGUUCUAACCUGAUGAGCUAGACAGUUUUCGUGCAUAAGCCAGACUAACCUUAGGGAUCUUCUGCUAUCAGAGGAAGAAAAAGAAAAGAGACCCAAAAGAUUAAGACGAUGGUAAAUAUACUUGUUCAGGUUGCUUCAGAAGUUCUGUUGUAUCAUCAAACCCCCAAGAGAAAUCUUGCUGGCUUUUUUUUGGUUUGUUUUUAUUUGGCAAGUUUUGCGUUUUCAACCAGAGAAAAUAUUGUUGGGUUGUUUCUAGAAGGAUCUUUCUUUGUACUUUGCUUACAAAAUGUAACUUUAACUUCAUAAAAUCGAUGUGUUCAGUUUCUCUCCAAA